AUGAAGUUCACCCUGGUCUCCUCUGCCCUUCUCCUGGCCACCUCGGCCAUGGCCAACCCUAACCCCGAGGUUCCUGACGUCAACUCGAUCCUCUCCGACGCCGGCGUCGGUAUCUCGAAGGGCAUCAACGGCAUAAACGAUCUUCCCGCUGAGGCUACCUCGAUCUGGGAGGAGGUCAAGACCGGCGGCGAGAACGCCGUCAAGACCCUGACCGGCGAAGGUGCCCAGAUUGCUUCCGCCGCUGAGAGCGCCUACAGCGCCGGCGUCACAAACCUCCAGUCCGCCGGCUCGGAGAUCGCCCACAAGUGGUCCACUGCCACCAGCGAGACCACCACGACUAACUCCGACGGUCAGGCCACCGCUACCGAGGCCACCAAGAUGACCAUGAAUCCCUCCGCCUCCGCAACUGGCAGCCCAUCUGGAACCACCAACGGUGCCGUUGCCCGCCCUACUGCCGUCGGUGCCGCUGUUGCUGGUAUGGCUGGUAUGCUCGGUAUCAUGGCUGCUCUGUAA